UUUGACUCUUGGGAUGGCACCAAAGGCAAUUGUCGUCGCGGCGCUCCUGGCGACGUCUGCGACUGCCAUGACGAGUCUCCCUAAUACGUGCAGCGGUCGUGGCGCGUUCAGUUUGUACCAACGCGAGGCGGGGUGUGCUGUAGGCAACUGCGAGUGCUUUCCUACCCUGUUUCGAUGUGACGAUACCCUCGUCGACGGGUUGGGGCAGUGCGCGCUCUCCGGCAACGGCUGGGCGGUGCUCAUCGUCGCGUUUGCGCUCAACUUGAUCGUGCCCGUCAUUGCGUUCGUCACGCAUUUGGUACAUCGCAAGCGUACGGAAAAGGCCAAGGCCGCGUUGGCCAAGGAAGCCGCCGACUUGGAAGCGUCCGAAGGCGCCAGCGCCAAGUACAAGUCCUAUUUCAUCGACCUCAAUCUGUUCAAGACGGUUGUGCCCGACACCGCGUUCGGUCUGCACGACGAGCCCAAGAUUUUCAUGGAGACAAUGAGCAAAGGAUGGGUGCAGCUCGUGUGCUACUGCCUCGCCUUCUCGUUCGCGCUGUCGUGCCUCAUGUUGAUUCCGUCGUUCCCGAUGAACGAAAAAGCAUUCACGCUGACGCGCGUGUCGACCGCUCAAUCGUCCGACACGUCGUACUCGGUCGAGAGCAUUGCCACAACGCCGCUGCCGGCAUCGACGCGGUACAUUUCGAUCCAAGGCGCAUUCUGCGAAACGUCGCCGUCGAUCUUGGCCCCGAACGGGAUCACGAUCGUUGAGCUCAACUACACGAUAUCGUUCGACAUGGAAUCCACAAAGAUGUUUGACACCGUCGCCGGCAGCAAAACGAUCGGGUGCAACUGCGUCGACUCGGCCUGCACGAUGGUCCCUGAUCAGUCGGACAACGGCCUCACGGAUCUCGUCUACUUUCCGUGGUUCCAAGAUGCCGACCAAGACCUCAUUCGCCCGCUCACGUCCGAGACGGAAACCCACACGUUCACCCUUCGUGCUACGUUUGCCUUGACGUCGAGCUACGAGAGCGCCGCGCCCGUGUCGCCGAUCCCGCACCUCGCGCUGUUUGCGCACUACUCGUACAUUGAGCACGUGAUCGACUUGGUCAACGUCCUCGUGUUCGCGCUGGACCUGCUCGUGAUCUUUGUCUGGUCCUACAUGACGCGCAAGGUCGAGCACAAGCUGCCGGAGCGCACCCUUGUGUCGGUGAUCCUCUGGGUCAACUUUGUCGCGACGUUUCCAUUCAUGUUUGUGACCAAAUUUUUCUUCCCGACGUCGGUCAGCCUCCAUCAAGUGUACUUGUUUUGCCAUGCGUGGCAAGCGUGCUCGAGCGGGAUCUGGCUCUUGUGCCUCCUCUUUGCGCUCGACAUGCAGCGCAAGCGCGUGUUUGGGUGCCGCUUCUACCUCGUCAAGCUCACACUUGGCGUCGCCGUCCUGUCGCUGUACCUGUGGGUGUACUACUCGUCGUUCCCGUACCAGUGGAUUCUCAUGCUAAACUUUUUCCUCGCGAUCCUUGUCAGCACCAUCUUCCGCGGCGUCAUGAUGGACGUCCGCAACAAACUCCGGUACCAGUGCUACGUGAGCACUCGCCCGGAGCAGCUCACGGCGCGCCUCUUGUACGUCGUCGCGAUUGCCGUCACGUAUGUGUUUUUCUUCGUCGCGCUGACGGCGGACUCGGUCCCCCGCGUCGAGGCGUACUUGCCCAAGACAGUGCACCUCACCGACAUGUCGAUCCAAGUCAUCAUCCGCACGGCGACAUGGAUUCUCGUCAUUAUCUUUCUGCCACCGACACUCACCGCGCCGAGCGUGUACUACAUGCGCGCAAAGACGUCGUUGCCGCGCCUCACGGACGGCUCCAUGCACGAUUUCGAAAUGGCAUCGCUCAAGCAGGCAGUCCAUUCGCGCAACCUGUUUCACUCGACGAGCAACUAUGCCGGGUGGCGCGCGCCCCGCGCGUUCUGCGUCGAGACCGCGUGCACGUCGUACAACCAAAGCGUUGCCGUGUACGACGAAGUGGUCGCGAACCCUGACACGGGCGGGUACGACAUUCCGUCGCAUGCGCAUUUUGCCGCCGACGGCGUCGAGUUUGUGUCGGAGCUGUUUGACAAGGCCACCGACACGUACGGGUGGGUCCUCAAAGGCGACAAGAAGAUCAUGGUCGUGUUCCGCGGCACCAAGAGCGGCCAGAACGCCGUCACGGAUCUCAAGUACCGUUUUUGCAUUCCGCAAUGGGCCACGGACGACAACGACGGCGGGCUCCUGGACAAGACCCGCGUCCACACGGGAUUCUGGGAAGCGUAUUUGACUGUCCGCGACGAUCUCAAGCGCAUCUUGCACGAAACGAUGCACGACAUGGGCGAAGUCCAAGUGUACCUGACAGGUCACAGCCUCGGUGGAGCGCUUGCGACGCUUGCUGCAUUCGACCUCGUCACCGACGCGUCGUUCCACUUGGACGAGGAAGUUGUGCUGUACACGUUGGGCGCUCCCCGUGUCGGCAAUCACGUCUUUGCGACCCUCUUCAACAAGCACGUCCCGAACGCGUAUCGCAUUUGCGCGGACGGCGACGCCGUGGUUGGCGCCCCCAAGCGAUCGAUCCAACUCGCGUACUUCGUCAAGAGCUUGUGCUACAAGCACAUUGGGACGGCGGUGCUGCUGUCGACCCGAGCCAAGGGCGUGUUUAUGAUCAACCCCAACAUUGUCGAGCGCGCGUUCAUGGCCGAGUUCCGUAACAACGUUCUCGCGCAUCUCCCGCCAACGUACCGCCACUUGCUCAACAAGGGAGUCAUGUAUACGAUGAAGCCCGAGAGCAGUCGCAACACUGAAGCCACGGCCUUGCUCAAGUAGAAGCUGCAUGUUGAACCGUAAAGAGUCUCUCGGGAGUAAGCUUGCAAUGCACCGACCAGAGCCGAUGCGUGCGAACAAUGCAUGCAUGUGCAGUGGCCGCUGCGUUGGGCGGGCAAAGGUACAGUUCGAUCGUCGGAGACUCCUCUCGCAUCGCGUCGGUUCUUGACUCGCUCGCGCACGCCGCCCCCCUCCCCUCGUAUUGAUGAUCCAAAUGGGCUUUGCAAUAAGGAGCACACUCCAUCCCACGCGCGCCGACGACCCUCGCGUCGACUGUUUCCGUCGUUAGCGUCUGCUGGCCGACGUGUUCA